CUCCUCUCCUCCCCUUCUACAAAUCUUUUACAAAACAACAACUAAUCCCGUCGCGUCCGCAAUCCAGUCUUUUUUCGUCGCCUGCAACCACCAUUUGGUUCAACGCACCGGGCUGUCCAAGACUACCUUGACGCGUCUCGUACAAUUUCAACCGCGUUCCUACUAUAUUUGAUAAGUUCACAUGAUUCAUUGUGCGGCUAGUUAACAACCUCUGGCUUUUCAAGAGCCGAUAGGCACAAUGGUCCUAUUCAAGCGCAAGCCGGUGCAGUUUCUGCAAACCCCACAGCUUGAAGAUGAGUCCAUAGAGGUCUGGCACAUCCCCCAAACAGGGGAGGUAUUUAUCACCUACGAAGACUACCUUAACCGUAUGGACUUUUAUAACCAGCCUCGGUUUAUUUGUCAGAUCACUGGUCACUCUGGUCUAUCUUUCUUUGAGGCUCUUAAGAGCGAGCUUGCUGGUGCACAAGAAGUUGACCAGGCAUUCCCCGAAGCUCUCAAGGCCCCUGUUUUGCGCCGUGUUCAGUUUCAGACGAUUUCACGCAUUGACACGUUGGUAGAUACAAUCUACGACGAGUUCAAAGCUGAUUAUUAUCCUGGAGAAUCAGUCAUGGUGCAGCUAGUGAAUGGGGAGCGAGUAGCAGGAACUGUUAGGGACAAAGCUCGUUUAGGAAGCAAAGUCCUACCAGACGGAACACUCACGCAGCCCUUUUCACGCUACAUGAUCAGUAUUGACGGUAGGCCCGGUGAGGAAGCUGUUAUGGACGGCGAUCAUGUCUACCGCGACAGAAAGAUUUUCACCAAGUCAGUGUUGCGAUCUUUUAUUAAGAAGACGGUGACUCGAGAAGCAUGGACUGGCGCACCUUGGUUAGUUAAGCACGAUGUAGCUGCGCAGUACCAUAUCGAUACCCGAGUACCACCUCACCUGCGGUACGACAACAAGCUGCUAGAGCGAAAGCAGCACCAAGCCCAGAAGAAGGCGUCGCAGCCAAACAAUGGAGUACAGGAUAUGAAUGGUAUGGGCAGUGCUUUUCAGAGCUUCGGCCCGGCUCGAUUACCUGAGCUCAAGCCUGCGCCUAAGAGCCACAAGGCCAUCAAGACUCACCAUAGCCAGUCACCACAUCACCAGGAUAUGGAUGUCCACAAUGACGUCAAUAUGUACCUCUCUCAAAAUCAGGGACCGCAUCCUCAGGCGCUCGGAAAUGUGCCUUUUCAGUUUCCCGUGCCAUUCAGAAACAGCAUGGCUCCGCCACCUGCUCAACCUCAGCCAGAACUACCACCACCUCCCCCACCGCCUCCAAAGUAUCCCAUUGAGGAUCUGCAGCUGGAGCCCCGCGACGAUUAUGUUCGACCGGCACUGAAGUUCAUGUGUAGCGACCCUCCCGAGGGUGUUGUUGACAGUGUUGCACGAAAUGACAAGAUUCUGAUGAAAUCUAUCGGGCCACUACUGGAGACAUGGGUAACGUUGAAUGUCUACUGCGAGGUCUUCAAAUUGGACUCGUUUACUUUUGACGAUUUUGUUGAGGCGGUAGAGAUCACCAAGGAAGAUACUCCUUGUCAGCUAUUUACCGAGAUCCAUUGUGCGGUCCUUAAGCAGGUAGUGAGCUCUGAAGCCGACGGUGGCAAGCUACUGGUGGAUCUUCCGGAGCUUGAUGACGAGGAGGAGGAGGACGACGAAGACGAGGAUAGCGAACCCGCUAGUCCUGAACCCGAGCCCGAACCAAAGCCAACAGGACGUGCUACUAGAAGUAGUUUAGCCAAGUUAGAAGCGGAAAGGAUUAAGGCUGAGGCUGCUGCUGCCGAGAAGACUCCGGAGCCCGAAAUUAAACAUCGCGCCCCCGAGGCGUUAGCAAACUUUGACUGGGUCGAGCAGCUCAAGAGACGUGAAUUCCAAGAUGGUGGCUGGGAGUUGAUUAUGGUUGGAAUUCUACACCGGCUGUCUAAAAGGCCUUGGCAGACUGAAGCUUGUGAAGAGGUGCUAGCCAGCCUCGUACCUCCCGAUAUCGACCCGAGCCAGGAGACUGUCCGUCAACAAUACAGCAAACUUGAUUUCAAUCUCCGCGUUUCGGCUCUUGAGAUUAUCUGUCUGCUAACUGUUAGCACCAAAGCUGUCCGUGCAUACAUAGAGGAAUGUGCCGAGACUCAGACGGGCUACAGGAAGGAAAAGAUCGAAUGGCAAAAGACAAAGAAAGCAGCCAACGAGGAACUGAAGGGCUUCUACGAUCAGCACAAAAUCCUCCUCCCGGAGAAUAUGCCUCCGUCGCCGCCAGCAGAGGAAGCUGAGACAAAGACUAAUGGCGAUGUGAAGAUGACGGAUGCUGACGAUUCGCCUGAAGAGCAGAGCGAGGCCGAAGACAGUGAUAUAGACGCUAAUACUCGCCACAAUACUCGACGAGGUGGUAAUCGUGCAGCAGAACGUCAGCGUAAACGCGAAGAAGAGGAACGGAAGAAGGAAGCCGAGCUAGCUGCCAAAGUGCCGAAGCAAUCUAAGCAAUUUCUGAAGCUGCAAAAGGAUAUCCAGAAAAGGGAAAAUUUGGUUAAGAAGUGCGAGAACGAAAUCAGCAUCUUGGAUAAUGACCUUCGAGAAGCAGAUUGUUUUCGAACCCGGCCUCUGGGGAAGGAUCGAUUUUGGAAUCGUUACUAUUGGUUUGAGCGUAACGGCAUGCCAUAUGCUGGAUUACCUACUAGCUCAACAGCCCAUGCAGGCUAUGCGAAUGGUUGUAUCUGGGUCCAGGGCCCCGAUGAGAUGGAACGAGAAGGAUACAUCGACAUGCCCCCAGAGCAUCAGGAAGAGUACAAGGCGAAAUUUAAGAUGACGGUUCCACAGAGGAAAAAGAUGGAAGAAGGUCGUACCAGCGUCUUUAAUGCUUACCAAUGGGGCUUUUACUCGGAACCUAGUGAGGUUGACUCGCUUCUGAACUGGCUCGAUCCUCGAGGGUUCAAUGAGUCUAAAUUGCGAAAGGAGAUUUUGGCUUACAAGGACAAGAUUGUAACGCAUAUGAAGAGCCGAGCCCAAUAUCUCUGCCAAGAAGACGAGGAAGAGACCAAGGAGGUGGUAAAAGAGAAUGGGAAGAAGGACGAGCCUAAACGAAUGACGACCCGAAAGACUCAGGCCAGUCCCGAGCCUACGCAGUUCCGUUGCCUCAACUGGACCAACAAUGUUGCCAUUGAGGAGUUCGGGCACCUCCAUAGCGAGCCCCCCCCACCGCCAAAGACGAAGGGUCGCAAGGGCCAAAGGAAGAGCCGGGGCUAAUGCCAAUAUCUUCCUAUCCUUCGGCUACUGAACCAUAUCAAAAUUGCCUUAUUUUUACGCAUUCAUUAAUUGAUUCCCGGUACAUAGACACGCGAACAGGCAAGCAAAGAGUUACGAAUGAAGAUGGCGUUUAACUUCAACGUAUCAUGUUUUCUAGAAGGCGGCAACGAGUAGAGAAAAAGUUCAUCAUCAAUGGCCGGCACGGCGUUACGGACGAGUCGAGGUGUUUUCGGUAUGGAAAUUAUUUCUUGUUCGACGAUGCGAUUCGAUAAGUGUUCGCAUAUCCAUGCCUAGGGAAGGGGAGAGAAGGGGAAAUUUUUUUGAUGUGAGACGUCAACUGGUACCACUGCCACGACACCGGGGAAGAUAGGGGAAGGUCGGCAUAUCCUGUACAUAAUAGGUGCGGUAGGAGACACGUAGGUUAUUACGAAGGACGGGCGCGCAUUGGCAUGGCCUGAUCUAUAGCUCAAGCUUGGCUAUCCAAUAAAGAGAAUUUUGCUGCA